GUCAGCCUCAAUGAACCUGACAUGUUACGAUAUUAGUGGUUCUCAUCUUCCGCCACACAAUAUCAUUAAUAACCUCACAAAUCAUGACAUCGAAGCCAUCACAAGAUUCAAUGCCACAAGGCCAGACCGUUCCCACGUGUAUGGAGAAUUAAUGCUCCCAUCGCAAUCCUACUACGAUCUUUGGGUCAGAACGCUGGAGGCGCACGAUUACAUAUGGGACUAUCACUACUAUUACGGGUGGGUAAUGGGAAUAUUCUGGGGCUUGGUCGUCGCAGUUGGCAUCGCGAACCGGGCUCUAGGGCAGUCCCUCUCCCGUCAAGGCCGAACAAGGUCGUGGCUCGGACGCAAUAUUCUUCUACCUGCGACAUUUGGCAGACGCUGCGUACAGGACUAUGGGGGCUGGGGUACCUUGCCUCCAAGGAUGCAGACUUUGACUCUCAUUCUUUUUGUCAUUGUCAAUAUAGCAUGCAGUAUACACGGAUACGAGAUGUUCGAAGGUUACGGCUACUACCCUUCCGUCUGGACGCAAGUGCUGCGACACGUAUCUGACCGAACGGGAAUACUCUCAUUUGCCAACUUUCCGCUGAUAUGGCUCUUUGGGAUGAGAAAUAACAUCGUCAUCUGGUUAACAGGCUGGGACUUCAAGACUUACAACAACUUCCAUCGAUGGGUUGGUCGGAUCGCGACUUUACAAGCCGUGAUUCAUUCAAUCGGAUAUACCAUUAUAAUUCUACAACGUGGCGGUUGGAAGUACUUCUGUCAAAUAUGGACAUUUACCUUUUGGUGGACUGGGGAGCUAGCCACGAUAUUCAUCUGUCUGCUUGUGGGUUUAUCGGUAUUCUGGGCAAGACGUGGGAAUUAUGAGUUCUUCCUCAUCACACAUAUCAUCCUGUCAUUCUGGAUCCUCAUUACCAUGCUCGGGCAUGUGUCAAUAUUUAGUGGUGCCUACGAUCUUCUUGUGUGGGUUCCAGCACUGAUCUGGCUGCUCGAUCGCGUUAUUCGCGGAUUGCGGAUCAUGGCCUUCAAUCCGAAAUUCUGGGAGACCCAGGCUCUCAUUGCCUACAACGAAGAUGCACACAUGAUCCGCGUUACUGUUCCAACUUCAUCAAGUCUCUAUAGAAUCGAGCCAGGGACAUUCUACUAUCUCAUGGUGCUUAACAAGUGGAACUUUUGGGAGAGCCAUCCUUUCACAGUAGCAACAAUAUCUGGAUCUGGUCGAUGCGCUACAGGCACCUUGGAAGAAGACGCGCCUUUGCUGAACUAUGGAUCCUCCUCCGAUGAACUGAGAUCUACAUCGGAAAAGUCCCACCGAGAAAUGACCUUCUUGAUCCGGCCAUAUGAUAGCUUCACUUCCCGAUUGAAGGAGUAUGCCGAAGAAGAGCGACCGAAGCCGGCUACAGUACGCAUGGCUAUUGACGGCCCAUAUGGAAAGACUCUACCUCUUGAAUGCUUCACAAAAGUUCUCUUCAUUGUCGGUGGAAGCGGAAUAGCGGUUCCGCUGUCCUACCUCGGGAAGCUCACGACAUUCUCAAAAAGGCCGACACAGAUCGAAAUCCACUGGGCUGUGCGACAGCCGGCUCUGGCUGUUGAUGUUCUGAAUCAUGAACUGAGUGAUAUACUCGGUAAUGAUCGGGUAGAGAUUAACAUCUACCUGACUGGUGGCGAUAUUGAUUACAGAAGAGCAUGUGAUGAGACCAUCUACAGACUCGUGAAGUGGAGGUCUAAGCGACUGAAUGUCUACCAAAUCGUCGACAGUGCAUUGGAAGAUGGAGACAAAGGAAUCAUCGCAGUGGUCACAAGCGGUCCCGCCAAGAUGGCUGAUGAGAGCAGAGGUGUGGUUGCGGCAAGGACAGUGCCGCCUCUACCGCGUAUCGAGUAUUUUGAGGAAAGUUUCCAGUGGUGAUAACUGUAUUUAGAAGUUCUAGAAUGACAUGACUUGGCG